AUGGACAAGAGGAAGAAAGGAUCUACUGCGGAAUUAAGGCUUAUGGUGGUCGGUAGCAGUGGACCGUCACAGUUCCUACUAACAAAUGCCAUACUUGGAAGGGAGGUGUUUUCUAAAGAUUUCACCAGCAUUUCUGACAGCAGGAAGAAUAUUGGAGAGCUGGCUGGUAGACGAGUGGCUGUGAUCAAUGGACCAAAUAUGUAUGACAAGGAUAUAUCUCAGCCCAAAAGGAAGAUGGAGCUGAGAAGGUCUAAGUGCUUAUGUAUUCCUGGUCCCCAUGCUUUUCUUGUUGCCUUUGACAUGGAGAAAAUAUCCGCGAACGACAUGAGAGGCCCCAAACUGAUGAAGGAACGCUUUGGAAGACACUGUGUGAGGCACUGCAUGGUCCUCCUGGCCCAUGAAGGAAACCUGGAGGACCCCGUCCUUGAAGACAGGGUAAAAAAGACUGACUGGCACCUGAGAGAACUGAUCGAGAAGUACGGUGGCCGCUUUCACGUUUUUAAUAAGAACUGGAGAGAUCGCAGCCGGGACAGAGAGCUGCUGCAGAAGAUAGAGCGGAUGGUGGCCUCUUUGGGAGGGGGCUACUUCUCCAGCAGUACUUUCCAGAAGGCAGAGGACAGCGUGAAGAAGGAGGAAAAGAGGCUCAGGAAGAAAAGGACCGCAGAGAUAGAGAAGGUGUGGACUGACAUGGAGAAGCAAUACAUAGCGGAGGAGUUGUAUCACAAGAAGGAUGCCUACACCGCCACUGUCGGCGCAGAGAUAAGAGCCAAGGCAGAGAUGAACAAUGGAUGGCUCAGAACUUCCCUGGCCAGAGGACUGGGGAUGGGGUUGGUUGUGGGAGCUGCUAUGGGUGCAUUGUUUGGAUCUAUAGAGGGGCCAGGGGGAAUGGUAUUGUAUGGAAUCAUAGGUGGUGCAGUAGGUGGAUCAGCAGGAGGAACAGCCCAAGUAGCUAUAAAGCACAUGGAGGACAGAGUGGCUCCUCCUGCCAGACUCAACUUUAACUCAAUCUUCAUCAAUCGCUUCUUUGCAACUCCUCGUCCAUGACAGGGUGGCAUUAACUUAUAACCUGUUUUUCAGGAAUAAAGUGAAAAGAAACUUUUACAUAGUCUUACUGCUAUGUAGC